UAUGCCUCCGGCUCAUCAUCGCAAAUCCCCGAUCGAGUGUGAAACCAGGGCCGAAGAUGUGAUCGACACUCGAAAGACUACUCCCUCGUCAUCGCCAAAAUCUAAGACGAAGCCAUUGCCAUUUCGUAGGCUUCUUAGUUAUGCUGAUGCCAUCGAUUGGUUGUUAAUGGCGUUAGGAACCUGUGGUUGUGUAGUCCAUGGCAUGGCGCUGCCCAUCGGGUAUCUCUUACUUGGGAAAGCUCUCGACGCGUUCGGUAACAACAUAACCGAUGAGGAUGCCAUGGUUAGAGCACUUAACAAGGUGGUUCCGUUUGUGUGGUACAUGGCCAUUGCUACACUUCCGGCUGGAAUAUUAGAAAUCUCAUGUUUCAUGCAUGCUAGUGAGAGACAAAUGGCACGCUUCCGAUUGGAAUUUCUCAAAGCAGUUCUCAGUCAAGAUAUUGGAGCUUUUGACACUGAUUUAACAACCGCGAAGAUAAUCACUCGAAUAACAAACCACAUGAGUAUCAUACAAGAUGCAAUUGGUGAGAAGUUGGGCCAUUUCAUCUCAAGCUUCUCCACUUUCUUUGUUGGUGUCAUCAUUGCCUUUGUAUGCUGCUGGCAAGUUGGCCUGCUCACUCUGUUGGUGCUGCCACUUAUUCUCAUCAUUGGAGCUACAUAUACCAGCAAGAUGAAUAUUAUUUCAGCAGUGAGAAUGCAAUAUUUGUCUGAAGCAACUUCAGUUGUAGAACAGACUCUAUCCCAUAUCAAAACUGUCUUUUCCUUUGUUGGGGAAAUGUCAGCAGUAAAUUCCUUCACACGUUGCAUGGAGAAGCAAUACAUCUUGAGCAAGAAAGAAGCAGUAAUAAAAGGACUGGGACUGGGAUCAUUCCAAGCAGCAACAUUCUGCUCAUGGGCCUUGAUUGUUUGGGUGGGAGCAGUAGCAGUAACUGCCAGAAAAGCUAGUGGAGGCGAGACACUAGCAGCUGUAAUGAGCAUUCUCUUUGGAGCAAUAUCAAUCACCUAUGCUGCACCUGACCUUGAGAUCUUUAAUCGGGCAAAAGCUGCAGGACAUGAAGUUUUCAAAGUGAUUGAAAGGAAGCCGGGCAUAAGUUAUGAAAAUAAAGGAAAAACAUUAGAGAACAUUGUUGGAGAAAUAGACAUACAAGGGGUGCAUUUUUCUUACCCGUCCCGUGAGGACAAGCUUAUCCUUCAAGACUUUUCGCUGUCCAUACCAGCAGGCAGAGUGGUGGCUUUAGUGGGUAACAGCGGAUGUGGGAAAAGCACUGUGAUUUCCUUAAUUCAACGGUUCUAUGAUCCAACCAGAGGUGAGAUUUUCAUAGAUGGUCACAACAUCAAGGAUCUGGAUCUGAAAUUCCUUAGGAGGAACAUAGCAGCAGUUCCACAAGAGCCAUCACUCUUUUCGGGCAACAUCAAAGAUAAUCUGAAAAUUGGAAACAUGGAUGCAAGUGAUGAACAGAUAGAGAGAGCUGCAUCAACAGCAAAUGCACACUCAUUCAUAUCCCAACUUCCAGACAAAUACUCCACAGAGGUAGGUGAGAGAGGAGUACAAUUAUCAGGUGGGCAGAAACAGAGAAUAGCUAUAGCAAGAGCUAUUCUCAAAGAUCCUCCAAUUCUUCUGCUUGAUGAGGCCACAAGUGCACUCGAUUCAGAGUCGGAAAAGCUGGUUCAAGAUGCCCUUGAAAGAGCUAUGCAAGGAAGAACUGUGAUUUUGAUAGCCCACAGAAUGUCAACAGUCAUCAACUCUGAUAUCAUAGCUGUGGUUGAGAAUGGAACAGUGGCACAGACUGGAACCCACCAAGAAUUGCUAGAAAGCAGCAAGUUCUAUCGCAACUUAUUUGGCAUGCAGAAUCUGAAGACAGACACUGAAGACAGUGGAUCAACGGGUAUAGAUCAUACGGAAGAAACACCAGAGACUCCUCAGAAUAGUUAUACACAAGCUUCUGAGAUCUUUGAAGUAUCUAAAGAACAGCAAGAUCAUUUGAGUGAAUCUCCAGAGCAAGAAAUACAAAAAAUCAAAAGAAAACCAGUUCCCUUCUUCAGAAUCUGGUUUGGAUUGAACAAGCUUGAGCUCGCAAAGACUGCUGUAGGUUCUUUUGCAGCAGCUGUCUCCGGUAUUUCUAAGCCACUGUUUGGAUUUUUCAUCAUGACAAUUGGAGUAGCAUACUAUAAGCAUGAUGCCAGGACGAUAGUAGCAUGGUAUUCGGUAAUAUUUUGUCUUGUUGGACUUCUAACAUUAAUUACUCACACUUUGCAACAUUUUUUCUAUGGUGUGGUUGGGGAAACAGCUAUGAGAAACCUCAGGGAGACUCUGUUUUCAGCUGUUCUGCGCAACGAGGUAGCUUGGUUUGAAAAACCUGAGAAUAGUGUGGGCUUCCUUUCUUCACACAUUGUUGGUGACACAUCCAUGAUCAAGACCAUCAUAUCUGAUCGGAUGUCUGUUAUCGUCCAAUGCAUCUCUUCAAUUCUAAUAGCAACCAUUGUAAGUAUGGUUGUUAACUGGCGAAUGGGUCUGGUAGCUUGGGCUGUUAUGCCUUGCCAUUUCAUUGGUGGUCUUAUUCAAGCCAAAUCGGCCAAAGGAUUCUCAGGUGACUUCGCUGUUGCUCACCGAGAACUUGUUGCCCUUGCAUCAGAAUCAGCAAGCAACAUCAGAACCGUGGCCUCCUUCGUACAUGAAGAGCAGAUACUCAAGAAAGCCAAGCACUCAUUAAGAGAACCAAUGCGGAUCAGCAGGAUAGAGAGUAUCAAGUACGGAAUGGUUCAAGGGGUAUCACUUUGCUUGUGGAAUAUUGCACAUGCUGUUGCCUUGUGGUAUACUACAGUGUUGGUUGAUAAGAGACAGGCGACUUUUGAGAAUGGAAUAAGAUCAUACCAGAUUUUUUCACUCACAGUCCCUUCAAUCACUGAGCUAUGGACUUUGAUACCCACAGUCAUCUCUGCCAUCAACAUACUAACACCUGCAUUUCGGAUCCUUGAUAGGAAAACUGAAAUUGUACCAGAUGCACCAGAAAAGAUAAGCCUUGAAAGAAUUUUAGGCAGAAUAGAAUUUGAAGAGGUUAGUUUCAACUAUCCAUCAAGGCCAGAAGUUGUUAUACUAGAUAAUUUCAGUUUAAUUAUUGAAUCUGGACAGAAGGUGGCCCUUGUUGGGCCUAGUGGUGCAGGAAAGUCUUCUGUUUUGGCCCUUCUGUUGAGGUUCUAUGAUCCUAAUGAAGGAAGGAUUUUAAUUGAUAGGAAGGAAAUAAGGAAAUACAAUCUACGAUGGUUAAGAAAGCAAAUAGGGUUGGUGCAGCAAGAGCCAUUACUUUUUAGUUCCUCAAUUAGAGACAAUAUCUGCUAUGGAAAUGAGGGUGCUUCAGAAACUCAAAUAAUUGAGGCUGCAAGUGAGGCGAACAUUCAUGAAUUCAUAAGCGGCUUGCCAAAUGGAUAUGACACCAUUGUAGGCGAAAAGGGUUGCCAGCUUUCUGGUGGACAAAAGCAGCGAAUAGCAAUUGCACGAACUCUACUGAAGAGGCCUGCAGUACUGCUUCUAGAUGAACCUACCAGUGCACUGGAUGGAGAAUCAGAAAGAAAAGUCAUGAGUAAUUUAGGAUCAAAUAAAUGGGGUAAGCAAAGAGGGCCAUUGUUCAGAAGCACUCAAAUUACAGUUGCUCAUAGGCUUUCUACAGUGGUUAGUGCAGAUGUAAUUGUGGUAAUGGACAAGGGUAAGGUGGUUGAGAUGGGAAACCAUGCAACAUUAAUUGCAGCUACUGGCGUUUAUUCAAAACUGUUCCAGCUGCAGAGCCAGAUGGAAAGUUAAUUGGUUGCAAAAUAGUCAGUUUGAAGUUCAUUAAGUGGUUUUCAGUAUAUAUGAUAGAGAUAUCGCAUGUAUUUUGCAAAUUCCUGGAUGGGCAUUACAAUAAAGAAGAGAUAUAUGACAUAGUUUCAAUGUAAUGAUGAUGAACUUAUGUGACAGAAUCAGGAACCAAGAAAAUAGUAAUUGAUAUAAUGCUCAAAUUCAUAUGAUAAUUCCAUUAGACGGGUUCACAGAUUCAUCUUCUUUGAGAUCGUCCUUCUAGAACUUAAUUAAUAUGCUAUCAAUAGUGUUGAGCUGCUCCAUCUAUUCUCCAUGUGCAACCUCAGGAUCAACAUAGCAUAACUAAAACCACAGAGCAUAUGUUAGAUCGGUUAUAGGCUAAACUCGUAUUGAUCUGGGAAUAUUAUAUAUAUGCAGCACCUGAUACUGAGGCUCAUUCAGCAUGUUUACCCCUCUCUUUAUCAGCUUCUGUCAAUCAUUUCUGACUCUAAGAGAUCAUUCUAAAGCUG